AUGCACUUCAAACUCCCAAUACCGAACAGAAUUCUGGUAAAUCACGUGAUACAAAGUGCCCAGGUGAAAUCAGAGAUUGAGUGUGAGACAAACUGUUUCGCUCACGAUGACUGCAUGUCUGUGAACCUCGCACCAUUACAGGAUGGAAACUAUUUGUGUGAGUUGAGCAAUUCAGAUCACGAUAUACAUCCUGAAGACUUGAAACAAAUGGAUAGAACCUUAUUUAAACCGGUGAAGGUAAGUUUGGUCACUUCCCAAAUUAAAUGUUUGCUUUAAUUAGCAGGUUUCUUUUGUGAACACAAGGCACGGCGGAUUGCUUAAACCGCUCGUCUAGAUCUGUUUAUCUUUCGAAGAAGUUUUGUUUUAUGGGUUUUAUUUACCGAGAAAAUUGUAGCUAAAUAGUUAGGUGCUACUCCUUGGGCGUUCUUGCUCGCGUGAUGGUUGCAUCAGAUCUGAUACCCAUGCGCCCCUCGCCCCUGACUACGCGGUUUGUGAUUUUGAAACUUUAUGCCCGAACUAGAAUUUCAGAAGGAUUGAAAAGCGGUAUGAAUUCAUCCCGUAAUGUCUUGUGCAGGAACGAGUUUUGUCUCGAUACCAUGUAAACGGAUUUAAAGAAGUAUAUGGAGAUGGCGUGCGAACUCGUUCAAGAAUAAAAGUUUUUUCGGUAACAUGUGAAUACUCCGCCUCUGAGACAUCAGUGGUUUGUCCAAAUGUUUAACUCGCCUUCCCAUGAUUCGGAAAUGUUUUGACAAAGUUAUUAUUUCUCCUCCUUCAUAGCUGUGACUGGCGCUAGUUAAUAUUUUUUUCCUUGACUCUGGGGAAUGCCCUUAAAGCAGGUUAUUUUUUUAGGACGACUUUUAGUUUCUUUACUGUAUUGAUUUCAACACAGAACCUUUGUUCAAGCAACUCAUGCCCUCAAAGACACCGAUGUCAAACAGGUUUUACUGAUAAAGGGUACCGUUGCGUGGCUACAAAUAAAACUUCUGGAGAAACUGGAAACAUCCCUGUGGAUAGUGAUGAUGAAGGUGACCAUGACAACGAUAAUGAUGAUGAUGAUGAUGAUGAUGAUGAUGAUGAUGAUGAUGAUGAUGAUGAUGACAACAGUGACGACGAUGGCGACGUUGAUGAUGAUGACAGUGGUGAUGGCGUUGGCGAUGAUGACGAUGGUGAUGGUGAUGGUGAUUAG